UAAACCAAAAAUUGUUUUGUAUAUCCACGUUUUAUAUAUAAUUGAUAUUAGCUCGUGUAGAGAACAAAUUGAAAAUGUUAAGCUAAGCAGCGCAGAUGGGAGCGUAAGAAGAAGAAGCAGAAAAAGAAAACGCGGUUUGGUUUUCUGGUUUAUACAACACAAUCUCUCCCUGGCUGACUCUUAUUGUCAUCCUUGACUUUGACUCUUUCUCGCCAUUGCCUUGCCUUGCCCCUCCCACCCAUUUACCCUCAUCUUCUUCCUCUCAAAUUUCCUAAACCACAAACAAGCCUAACACCUCUAUUCAACCUCUCUCUCUGCACCCGAAAUGGGCUGCUGUUCCAGCCAACACGCAGACUCCAAAGCCAGUAGGCUAAAUCGAUGGCGAUCCACUGGUAUUGUCGCUCUGCGUGACUCCAAAUUGAAGACAUUGCCAGAAGAAGUCCUCAAUUUGGAAAGAUCUGUACGAACUCUUGAUUUAACACACAACAAGAUAGUUGACAUUCCCUUGGAUAUUUGCAAAUUAAUAAAUAUGCAGCGGCUGGUUUUAGCUGAUAAUCUUAUUCAGUCUCUGCCAAUAAAUUUGGGGAAACUGCAGUCUCUAAAAGUUAUGACACUUGAUGGAAAUCGAAUUUCUUCCUUGCCUGAUGAAUUUGGGCAGCUAGUGAGGCUUGAACGGCUGUCCAUCUCAAGGAACUCCUUAGAAUGUUUGCCUGAAACUAUUGGCAGCUUGCGAAAUUUGCAACUUUUAGAUGUCUCAAAUAACAAAUUAAAGUCUCUUCCAGAAUCAAUUGGGAGCUGUUUCUCUUUGGAAGAACUACAAGCUAAUGAUAAUCUUAUCGACGAUCUUCCUGAUUCUAUCUGCAAUCUUACCCACUUAAAGUCGCUUUCCUUGAACAAUAAUAAUGUGAAGAAGAUACCAACAAAUAUUUUGAAGGACUGUAAAGCACUGCAGAACCUCUCCCUUCAUGGCAACCCUAUUUCAAUGGAUCAGUUUCAGCAGAUGGAAGGAUUCGAAGAGUUUGAAGCUAGGAGGAGGAAGAAGUUUGACAAGCAAAUUGAUUCAAAUGUGAUGAUAAGCUCCAAAGGGCUUGAUGAGGGUGUUGAUCUUUGAGAGUUAGUUACUCCUUCAAAUUACUAUCGAACAACAGAGAUUGAACAGUCCACAGCUAUUUAAAAUGCUAGAAAGCAGUAUUACUUAUUGAUAUCUGUUGAUUCGUAUGAACUUUUGAUGUAAUUUGGAAGAGAGAAUACUGUUAUAUAUGAUUCCUUGUCAUAUGUGAGAUAAACUGCAUUGCAUUGUACAUGUUUUCUUUUUUCUUUUUUCUUUGGUUCAUGUUUGUCAUCAUAAGUUGUAUAUUGGGAAAAAAAAACUUAUUGAGACUUAUCAAUGAUGCUAUUUUUUCAUGGAUAUGUACACACAAAGAGCUUGACCGAGUGAAUAAUAAGUUUCUCUUAUUUUGAUUCUA